UAAAGAAGCAAUCUCAUUAUCUACACAAACUCACACAGUCUCAUUAUCUAAAGCAAAUAGGUAAAGAAACAUAUUCCACCAGCUGAGAUGGUAUUACAGUCUUGGUUUCAACUUAUGGAAAGCUAGCCAUAUUCACAAUUGGAGCUUAGGCUGACUCUGAGCACGGUGGUAUGCUGGCUGGCCUAGCAACAUGUGGUUUCAUGAUGAACAUAGUCUCGAGAGCUUCAGAUCUGACACAAGACUUCAAGACAGGUUACCUCACUUUAUCAUCUCCAAAGUCAAUGUUUGUGAGCCAAGUGAUUGGAACAGCAAUGGGUUGUGUGGUAUCUCCUUGCGUUUUCUGGCUAUUCUAUAAAGCAUUUGAUGAUUUAGGCCUCCCAAACACUGAAUACCAUACUCCAUUUGCUACCGUAUAUCGAAGCAUGGCUAAACUAGGAGUACCAAGAGAAUGUCUCGUUCUAUGCUACGUGUUCUUCGGUGUGGCGAUUCUCGUAAACAUAGUAAAAGAUAGUCUCCAUAGCAAAUGGGGAAGGUUCAUUCCACUUUCCAUGGCAAUGGCUAUACCGUUUUUCUUGGGACUUUACUUUGCAAUUGAAAUGUGUGUGGGAAGUUUGAUACUUUUUAUCUGGGAAAGAGUAGAUGCAGCCAAGGCUGAAGCUUUUGGGACAGCGGUGGCUUCUUGUUUGAUAUGCAGAGAUGGCACUUGGUCUAAGCCAAGCUCAGUGCUCGCUGUAGCCGCAGUUAAUCCUCCUGUUUGCAUGAAGUUUCUCUCUUCUCAAACAAAUUCAAAAGUCGACAACAUUCUGCAAGGAUCCACUUAA